AUGGAGACGCCGGCUGAGGCCGUGAUCAUGGUGGGGCGAAGCGCGUCGCCUGCGUCGACACCCGCGAAAAGAUCGACACGCGUCGUGAGGCCAAGCACCAAAAUUCGAGAAGCCGCGCGACAGCCCGACGAUCUGGCGGAGAAGACAACACGCGCAACUAGGCUUGCAACGCGCAUUGCCUCGGACGAUGUCGCCAUCAGUGACGCGACUGAGCGGCGCAAAGUUGCCAGCAGCAGCAGUGGCGCGAACGAAGGCCGAGCCAUGCUCCAGAAAGUUCUCGAACUCUUGAGCGAGUCACGUCAAGAAACGCAAAAGCUCAGCCGAGCGAUAGAUGCGCAAAACGAGAUCAUAUCCAAGCAACAGCAGAUGAUCCAGGAAAUAGAUCAACAAGGGAAAGAGAUGAGAGAUGAGCUUCGUCACAUCCGAGCGCAGUUAGAGGCCCUGGCUACGCCCGCAUCUUCUCUGCAGAGCAGUCCGCAGAUGUCGUAUGCGAGCGCUGCAGGGUCAUCGCCGACGAUCCAGACAAUGAACCGGGGCACCGUACCAGCAGCUAAAUCGGCACGAACAGCCAUCGGCAACAUCCGAAAGGCCAUAGAGAGCGACAUGAGAAAGAGUCAGAGGCAGGAGACUUGGAAAUGCGCAGCGGUCGUGACAGACGCUCGAAACCCCGACCGGAUCAAAAUUUUAUGCAGAGACCAAACCGAGUUGAAGCAGGUCAAGGAAGCAGCGCAGAAGACGGUAACUUCGGGAGCCAGGCGUACCGCAGUGCUGGACGCCGAAGGCAACGUUCUGCCGGGCGCAGCUGAGGCGCUCGGAGCCGAGAAUUACGUCACGAUUGCCAAGAUCACCUGGCUUAGCAACAGAGAGAAAGCCAAAGCGUAUUCGACUUCGGAUUUCGACAGACCGCGCUUCAGCUGCUGA